AUGAAUCAUAUGAUAGCGGGUGGAGAAACAGUUGCUCCACAAUGUCCCAUGCCAAGUGUGGGUGUAAUGAAUUCAUUGGUUACUUUACUGGUGCAGAGUAUAUACACUGCGCAGUGUAAUAUUUCCAGUAUUGAUUAUUGGCCACCAGAUUAUGCUGAGACAGCUUUGAAAUCUGGUUUGGAGUCUUAUGAUUUUGUGGUGGUGGGUGCAGGUUCUGCUGGCUCAGUGGUGGCCAGUCGUUUGAGUGAGAAUCCCAACUGGAAAGUAUUGGUUUUGGAAGCUGGCGGUGAUCCUCCUCAAGAAUCAGAGGUUCCCUCGUUCUUUUUUGGUGUGCAAAAUUCAAAUUAUACCUACAGUUAUUUUACGGAACCUAGUGACACAUCUUGCAAGGCUUAUAUAGAUAACCGAUGCCAUUGGCCUAGAGGUAAAUUAAUUGGAGGCUCUGGUGCUAUCAAUGGCAUGGUUUAUGUAAGAGGCAAUCGUUUUGAUUAUGAUCGUUGGCUAGAGGAAGGCAAUACUGGUUGGGGUUUUGAUGAUGUUUGGCCAUAUUUUGAGAAAUCUGUAAGGCCGGUGGGCAAUGCAACACAUCUCCAGGGUUAUGUUGCUCUUAAUGAAUUCCCACGUUUUGAUGAGGAUAUAUUCUCUAUGAUUUUGGAAGCCUCCGAGGAAUUGGGCAUACCUAGAGUUGAGGACUAUGUAGAAGGUAGCUAUAUAGGUUAUAGCUAUCUGAAGGGUACUAUACAAAAUGGCCUCAGAGCCAGUACUGGCAAAGGUCACUUGGGUAAAGUUUCUCAAAGGCCAAAUUUAAAGGUGAUUAAAAAUGCCCAAGUUACUAAACUGGAAUUUUAUAAUUCCGGCAAAACAGUUAAAUCGGUGGAAUUUUUAUUAAAACAACAAGAUAAACUUAAAGUGGAGGUAAAGCGUGAGGUUGUUUUAUCUGCAGGAGCCAUAGACUCUCCUAAAUUGUUAUUGUUAUCGGGUGUGGGUCCACAACACAAGCUGGAUCCUCUAAAUAUACCAGUGGUAAAAAACCUACCCAUAGGAGAAAAUUUACAAGAUCAUGUUAUUAUACAAUUAUAUCUACGCCUGCCGGCUAAUUCUCCUGAUCAGAAAAAAUUACUGGAUACAAUCUAUCAAUAUUUAAUACAUAACCAAGGUCCAUUUACUACCCAAGGUACCACUUCUAUAACGGGUUUCAUAAACACCGACUUAUCCAAACAAACUCCCUAUCCCGAUAUGCAAUUUCAUCAUUUCAUUACGAGGCGUGGUGAUACCAUGGGUUUGAAUAUACUUUUCAAUGGCUUUAAAAUAAAAGAUGAAUUGAGGCCCUGCUUUAGAGAUACCGUGGAAAAUUAUGAUUUAAUGACCGUAUUCGCCAUAUUAGCCCAUCCCAAAUCGGCGGGAGAUUUAACACUUAAAUCUUCUACUCCUCAAGAUCCGCCCAUAAUCAAUGCAAAUUACUUUACGGCACCAGAAGAUGUCGAUGUUUUACUGCGAGCCAUGGAAUAUGUUAUGAGUUUGGAACAGACCCAAGUCUUCCAGGAUAAACAAGCAGAAAUUAUCCAUAUACCCAUAGAGGAGUGCGAUGAGUUUGAAUUUAAAACGGAACAGUAUUGGAGAUGUUAUUUUACAUAUUUCUCUACCACUUGUUAUCAUCCAGUAGGCACGGUUAAAAUGGGUCCUUUGGAUGAUGACCGUAGCUGUGUGGAUCCUAGACUUAAGGUGAAGGGUUUCGACAAUUUACGUGUCAUUGAUGCUUCAAUAAUGCCUUAUGUUACCAGUGGCAAUACCAAUGCACCCACUAUUAUGAUAGCGGAAAAGGCUUCGGAUAUUAUUAAGGAAGAUUGGUCGAAUCUUGAGUAG